GUCACAGCCAGGGAGAGCGGGCGGGGGUUCAGCCCACAGCCCGGAAAAGCAGCACUGGGUGCGGAAACGAACGUCAGUGAAAGGCGGAGUGUGUGAUAAGUCUCUGACCAAUCCAGAUCCAUUAGCCAUACAUUACAAAAUGCAAGCCGGAUACCAUCGGAAGUGGUUGAUCAAUAUAUUUUAGUGACCACAGAAAACUGGGUGAGGCAGUCGACUGACUGCUGAGAGCUUGAAUCAGUCAAACACAGCGUCUUCACGAGACAAGAACAUCCUUCAGAUGGAGGCGUCAAAAGAGAGAAUGUCAGAUUUGGAGAGUGGCAUGGUGACCAUUAUCAAGGUUUUUCACAAGUACUCCGGGCACAAAUGCAAACUGAAAAAAACUGAGCUGAAGGAACUCAUCAACAAUGAGAUGAAUCACUUUAUUAUGAAAAUAUGUGAGAAUGACACUCUGGAUGAGCUCUUUGCAGACCUGGACCAGAAUGGAGACCUGGAGAUUGACUUUAAAGAGUUCAUCACGCUCAUCUCCAUGGUCACCUCAGCAUGCCACGAACUCUUCACCACAAACCAACAAAAGUGAAGAAAAGCACAAGAGAAGUCUGUUUGAUAAAGGGUCACUGAACACAUUUAAGUCACAUUAAAGAAAAUCUGAGCAAAUUCUGUAGAGGUUUAUGUGAAUGUUGUGAUCUUAAAGAUCACAGAG